AUGAACCAAAUUCGUGAAGUGGAACGUAUCAAUCAAGAAGAACUAGCCCGUGGCAUUUCGGGGACAUCGGCUUCGUGGCAUGCCAAGUAUGCGCGUUCGGCAUGGGUGUUUGUGGGCAAUUUAGCGUACGAGCUGACGGAAGGCGAUGUCUUGGCCGUCAUGUCGGAAUACGGGGAAAUUGACGACUUUCAUUUGGUGCGCGAUGAGGACACGGGCAAAUCCAAGGGCUUUUGUUUUUGCAAGUACUGCGAUGCCCGAAGUUGUGUCUUGGCCGUGGACAAUUUGUGUGGCUUUCAAAUGAACCAAGGACGAUCGUUGCGGGUGGAUCAUGUGGAGAGCUAUCGAUUGCCCAAGAGUUUGCAAGAUAAGGAAGAAGAAUUGCAGAAACGAUUACAAGAGAAUGAGGGAUUGGAAGGACAUGCCUAUGAGGGAGUAGAGCUGAAGAAUGAUUUUAGCUUUCAUCAGGGACAGGAUCUAUUUGCACCCAAAGCAAGCAAAAGGAAAAAGUCUACCGAGGAAGAGGACCCAAAUCGGCCAGAGGGACGUAAGAGCAAGGAGGAACAGAAAAGAGAGAAGGAACGUAGGAAACGAGAGAGAGCUCAGAUCAGACAGGAACGAGAAGAAAGGAGGAGGGAGAAACGUGCCAAGCACAUGAAGGAUGGUGAUGAGGCUGAAGACCGUAGCAAAGGUGAACGCCAUCGAUCUAGCAGCAGCAGCAGAAAACACAAGAAAUCCAGCAGAAAAGACGACAAGAAAAAGAGAAAGAAAUCGGAACGAAGGAGUAGAAGCCGUUCAAGAUCUCCUCCUUCCAGGAAGAGAUAG